AUGUUUUCUCUGUCCGUUUGCCACAUUAGACACCACACAUUAGCAUUUGUGGGGCCAUCUAAUGAGAUCUACUCAUUUGGGCGCGGAGAGCAAGGGCAGCUGGGAAAUGGAGUAAAGAUUGAUCAGUCUGUGCCCCUCCCAGUACAACUGCCAGGUAAAACAUUCAUUUAUUUCAAUACUCAACUAAAAUAACAUGAAGUAAACAUGAAAUAACAUUAACUCGAUCAUGAACUAUUUUUGUCAACAUUUCAGACCAGAUUGAUGACCAGAAAAUUGAACACAUUUUUGCUGGAGGAAACCAUUCCUUUGCAUUGUGCACUCUUGGUCAGGUAUGGACACAAUUCGGUUUGAAACAUUUAGUUAACAAAACAGAACAUAGUUUGUCCUUUGUACUUAACAUUGCUGUGAUACAUUGCAUCACAUUGUCAUCUUCACAGGAGUCUGAAGAAAGGUCAAACAAUCUCAGGUCAAGUGUGGGCAAAGUGACACAACAAGCAUUAGAUGAAGAAAUCAUUGACAAAUGGAUCUCAGAAUGUGAUUCAAAAUCAUGGAAAAAAGUACAGAAGUAAGUAUGAUUACAUUUUUACAUUUUAGUCAUUUAGCUGACGCUCUUAUCCAGAGCGACUUACAGUUAGUGAGUGCAUACAUUUUUCAUUUGAUAUAAGUAACUAUCAUUUACUGUUGUUGCUGUUUCCUUGUUUUGUUUAUGUACGGUCACAUACUGAACUGAAUAAUUACUCAAACUUGUAUUUGCAGGGAAAUCAAAAAAAUGUUUUCUUCUGCGUCAUGUUUAAAUGGGAGCUUUCUUGAUAAAAGGUAACAGUUUUUAAUAUUGGUUCAAAUACAUGAUUGACUUAUGUUUGAAAUAUUACAUUAUCGAAGAAUACUGGUUUAAAUAUGGCAUAGAUAUUGACAAUUAUUUAUUGGUUUUAUUAGUUGUGACAAACAUUACCAAACCUCACCAAAACAGUCUGGCCUGGAUUUGUCACUCGUCCAAGGCGCAUUCCGGAAGCUGGCAAAAAAGGACAAAGUUUUGACUGAGGUAUUUUGUGAAUACAUUUAUGAAUUGAUAUGUAAUCGUAUUCCUAUUCCUAUGUAUUCUGACAUGUGUCUUUGAUUGCACAUUGAAUUGCUGAAAUACUUCUAAAUUGUUGUUAUUAUCAUUUGAAUGAGGGGCGAUUCACACACCUCUUUCAUUGCACUAGGUUGAAGCUGUUGUCCAGCACACACUACUUCCCUCCCUGUAUGAGGAGCCGAUUGGAGUGGAGAGCUUGAGGGUCUACCUGGUUCUCCCUGAGCUCCUGAGGGUCCUUCACAAACGGCACAGAAGGACAGAUCUCACUGAAGCCCUUGCUGCUGCUAUCCUCAGACUGCACCCCGACAAGCUGCAGGUCCUUGGUAAUGUUGCCGUCCAUUUAAAAUGUUUCACCCCAAAUUAAACUAAUCAACAAUAACAUGGUCGUAAAUCUGUUUGUGCUGUAACCAACUUAUUUUGUCCUUGUUCAUUCGCUGUCUGGCAGAUUUAGACUAGGCAAAAUUUACAAAACCAGUGAUUAUUUGAAUCGAGUGUGGUAGUGCUGGGCUAAAACAAAAUGUGUGCACUUUGGGGGUACCCCUGGAAUGAUUGUGAAGUAGAGCAAAUUCUAUGCCCCCACAAAAUGGUUUGAUCAUGUAAUCUUUGUGUUAUCAUGUCCUGUAGGUGACUGCUGGUCCUCAUUGAAGCCCUCUGUCAUGACCAAGCACAUUGGGAUGUGGAAGAAGGCCCUGUCGGUGAUUCUGACAAGUGAACAUAUUCUACGCACCCGUGACCAUGGGGUCAAACACCUGCUCCAUGUCCUCGGCCAUCUCCACAGAGUCAGUGUCCAUGCUUCUCUGCUCGUACUGUCAAUCCAUUUAUAAAGCUGUUUUCCCAUUUUGACCAGUCAUCUUCUGGGACCAAUCUGGUGCCAGGGUGCCAGUUAUUUCAAUGCAACCUAUUUAGAAUCGAUGAGACCAUAACUGAGAUUUGAUUAAAUAAUAUUUUUCUGACACACAUGGAAAAUAUUUAGCUAAUACUUGCUAAUAAAUAAAUAUUGUCAAAAUGUAUUUUACUUUUCUAUAUUAUUUCAAAGGCAAACCAAAAAUCUGGAGAGACCCAGACAGUUCCAUACAGUACCUUUUGUAUGGAGGAGGUUCACUUCAAUCCCAUAUUUCUAGCGGAGGAUGUAAAGCUUUGGCGUUUAUGGUCAAAGCAGGUAAGAAACGUUAUUUUGUCUCAGUCACUGAUUGCUAAACAUGCUAGUUGCUGUCAGUCUUGAGGUGUUUUGAUGUUUGUUGUUUGGGUCUUAGAUAGUGUCAUAGGCUGCAUCUCAAUAGAGGCUUUAGAUUUCCUCUACCUGAAAUUAUCUGGAAAGAGAGAGUAAAGGAAACAUUUUGUUUUCCUACUAGAGAAUCUUUCUCACCUUCUUAAGUUAAUUCUUAUCAGUGCAGAAUAACAUAAUUAGACAAAGGAGCUCCUUAAUUGAGAUGCAUUGUAAAUAUUUUUAUUUUUACACCACUUUCAGGAUGUGGAUCAGACACCUGCCAUCUUUUGUCAUUACCCAUUCUUGAUGAAUCUGCAGAGCAAGAUAAUUGUUUUUAACAUCAACGCCGCACUCACACAGGUAAUGACACUUUCGUCUCAAUAUAUAGUAUUAUAAUAUACAGCAGAUACUAUAAAUCAGGGGUGGGUAAACUCCCUACUAGACUAACUGACUGUGUAUGCAAUAUUUUGCUCUUGCCCUGCUCUAACACACCUGGUUCUACUAAUCAGCUGCUCACCAGGACCUUGAUUAGCUAAAUCAGGUGUGUUAGAACAGGGCUGGAGCAAAAGCCUGCAUUCCAAGUAGCUCUAGAAUGUUGACCAUCACUACUGAAGAAACCAACCAUAUUUCUGAACCUUUUUGAUGGGAAAAACUGGUUGAAAUAAAUACUUGUUUUGUACUAGAAAAGCACUAACUGAAGACUUAAUAUUGUACUGUAUGCAUUGCAGAAUCCCCCUAACAAUCGCCAAAGGACUGGCAUGUGGCCUUUUAACAUGUUCCCCGUGGCGGCCCCUGCUGCGUUCUUUGAGCUGAGGCUGAAGCGAGCAUCACUCAUCGAAGACACUUUCCAACAACUGAGUGUAGCAAGACCCAGUACCUUCAAGAGGCCCCUUGUGGUAAAUCCAUAUUUUUACAUUUAGGAAUGAUAGCUUUCCAAUGACGAGACAAUGUUUUGAACAGAGAAGGGCUAUGCCAAAAUGUAGUGCUUACCUCUCUCAGGUGUAUUUCGACGAGGAUGCGAAGCUAACAGACGUCUACAAAAGGGACUUCUUCAUCCAUUUGUUUGAUAAGCUGUUGGUACCCGAGUCUGGGAUGUUCAUGUACAACGACAACAAGACGCUAGCCUGGUUCCCUGCAAAGGUAAGGUACGUUUAGGGAAAUCACACAUGGAUUAUGAGGUUUUCCACCACCUCACCAUAUUAUUUUAUUUCUACAUCGAUAAUCAUUGUAUUUUCAAAUGGCUUCAAAUGUGCUGGUAGUGAAACACUAAUGAUAUGUUCCUAGAGAGGAACUACUACAGUAUUACUACUGUAUUACUAGCCUACUACUGUAUUCUAGAAACCGCAGUACCUUCCCUUUACUGUAUAUUAAUCUAUCAUUUUUCACAGGUUAUCAACAGCAUGUCCUAUACUUUCACUCAUGGUGUAUUUCUUGUCUCUUGUCCAACCCAUCCUCACUAACAGCCUAGAGUGGAGGAGAAGCGUUAUUUCCUGUUUGGGGUUCUGUGUGGGAUGGCCCUGUACAACAACAACAUGGUGCACCUCCCAUUCCCCAUGGCCUUCUUCAAGAAGCUGGUGAACAUCAAUCCCUCUUUAGAGGACCUGAGAGAGUUUAGCCCCAUUGAAGCAGGGUAAGUUCAUACCAUAAUAUAUUGUUAUCCCUUUGUCAGUAAUGUAUUAUGGUACAGGCAGUUGUGUUUGUUAUAAGGACACCAAGGACAUAUUAAGAAAUUGCAUCUCAAGGCAUUUAAUUGCAUCUCCGGGGCAGGGCACUUGCUCUGUGUGGAUAAGCAAUUAUGAAUUAUUUGGAUAAAUAGUUAUUUAUUGAUUAAUGCAUCAUGAUUUAUUGAUUGCCAAUUUAUAAUUGUCACAUCUAUUGUCACAUAUUAUUUUCAAUGCUUUUGAAGGAGUUUGCAGUACAUCUUGGAUUACCCUGAUGAUGAUGUCGAAAACAUGGACAUUACUUUCUCAGUAUGUAUUGCUUUCAAACAGUUUGAUCGAUGAACAAAUCAAAUGUAACCUAAUACAGAUGUAGGAUCUUAAUUUUAUCACUCUUUUGUUGCUGACAAUUUUCCCGCACAGCAGGAAAUGCAAAGUUGUAGUGUAUUCAAGGUUUUAAAAAGCUUCUAAAGUUAGUAAUUUCCACUUUAAAAUGACAGAUUUGAUUUGCCCUUACGAAAAAUGUAUCAACCCCUACAAAAAAUGUCCAAUAAUUGUAAUACACAUAAUAAUUCACAUUUCCUGCUGUAUUAAAUUGGCUCAAAUUAAGAUCCUACUAGUUAAUUGAAGUGAAGCUGUAUGAAUGACUUAACAUAAGAUACAUUAUAUUAUAUCAGUGUGUAUGUCUCUCCCAGAUCACUCCCAUCUAUUUGUCUAUACCCUCAGUCUGCAGUGUUGUCAUUGUUCAUUUACCUCACUAUUUUCAUUACUCACUAUAAUAGGUGGUAUGGGAUGACGUAGCGGUGGAACUUGAUCCCAAAGAAAUUGGAAAACUCGUCACAAGUGCUAACAAGUAAGAUUAUUGCAAUAUUUACAACUGACAAAAUACAAGGUUUACAGUAUGACACAUUUUUCCAUUGCUACAGCUACCAGGGUUGGGGUCAAUUCCAUUUCGGCAAUAUCAUCUCAUACUGAAAUGUAAUUGUAUGAAUGGAAAAAUCAUAAUUGAAAGUAAAUGGCGCUUCUCAUUCCUUGAAUUGACACCAACUGGAAUCGACACCAACCUAUACUAGCUUCAACUCAAUGGAUAUCUGACUCUGUAUGUCAUUCUUUUGACAGGAAGGAGUUUGUUGACACCUAUGUGAACUACAUCUUCAACCAGUCAGUACAGAAGGUGUUUGAAGAGUUCAGGAAAGGCUUCUUCAAGGUGUGUGACAUGGACGUGGUGGAGUUCUUCCAGCCAGAGGAACUGAGGGGGGUGAUGGUGGGGAAGGAGAACUUCGACUGGGAAACGCUGAAACAGGUCAGAACCAUGUUUUGUUACUACAUGACUGAAGCUCAAUCCUAAAUCUACCCCUAGCUAAUUGUCUACAUCUGAGAGCAUUAGACAAGUAAAAACAUAUAAUAUAUGACGAAGAUUUCACCUAGCCUAUCAGAGGGCAAAAAACAAGUGUUCUAGGGGUUGAUUUGGGAUUGAUGGUACAGUGGGGGAAAAAAGUAUUUAGUCAGCCACCAAUUGGUUGUUGGGAUCAUGGUAGUUACAUGUUCUGGAACCAGCUAAAAUGUUUUUUGAUACAUUGAUUUUGCCAAUGGUUUGAAAUGGUGUCAAGUGUCUAUUUCUGUCACCAUAUUAAUUGAGUGGAUGUCCCCCAAACUAAGAACACUGUUAUGAAGGAGUCCAGCUGGCCAUAUCCAACUCGGCACAUUCUGGGAUGUGUUUUGAGAACUGAUCGAGGAUCAAAGAAAGCUUUUCCUCGUAAGUAUGGAACGUUUUCAAUUGUAAGAUGAACAAUAACGUGGCUACUGAGAAUAAAGUUAUUCUGUCAUUCACUGCCCUCCCUCCCCCUCCCACCUUUGGCAAAUUAGUGUCUGACUGCUGUUGCCGUGGCCUACCUGGUAUGAACCAUAAUCAGAUGAGGCCAAAUCCUUCCUCAACUCCUCCGUAAAGCAUUUCAAGAGGCGCUGACCUGUCACUCUCUGUUGCAGCUGCCCAUAUACCCCUCCAAAGAAACACUACAGAGCAGGCUUAUAGAAGCAGUCGGCCACAACAGAGGCUUCUGGAAUGAAUAA